GCUCAUGCAAUAGAAUAAAAGGGGAGACCAAAGAUCAAGGCAGUGGAUGGAAGUGCAUGAGACUGGCUGGCAAACACAUUCUGAGCAUGUCUGAAUCAGAUAUAACAUAUUUCACUCAUAAGGGGAUCUUGUUCACCCCUGUGGGAACUUCAGUGGAAAUAUUGAAUUAUGUGGAAAAUGAAUUCCAGUUGUUCGAUGAUGAUGUUGUGACUGUCACAUAUCCAAAGUCAGGUACCAAUUGGAUGUUGGAGAUCUUGGGUUUGAUUCAACAUGGUGGGGAUCCAUCAUGGGUUCGCAGUACCCCAGUAUGGGAUCGAUGCCCGUGGAUUGAGGUCCAUGACUGCCACCAAAAAGCCUUGAAAGACCUUCCACCCAGGCUUCUCACUUCUCAUCUGCCAUUCCAGCUGUUCCCUAAAUCUUUUAUUCACUCCAAGGCCAAGAUUAUCUAUGUCUUGCGUAACCCUAAAGAUGUGCUAGUUUCAAGCUACCACUUUUCCAAGUUCUUUAAAGUAUUCGAGGAUCCUGGGGCUACAGAAGAAUUCUUGGAAAAAUUCCUGAGAGGGAAUGUUGCAUAUGGUUCCUGGUUUGACCAUGUGAGAGGCUGGAUGGAGUUGAAAGACAGACCAAACUUCUUCUUGUUCACCUAUGAAGACCUACAAAAGAAUCUACCGGGCAAUGUGGAGAAGCUCUCUCAGAUCCUUGGAAAGAACCUGAACAGCCAGCAGAUAAACGCUGUGGUAGAAAAUGCCUCUUUCCAUAAGAUGAAGGAUAACAACAUGUCCAACUUCACUCAGUCACCACUUUUCAAUCAGAGCACAGGAAAGUUCAUGAGGAAAGGGAUCUCUGGUGAUUGGAAGAACCACCUGACCGUGGCCCAGAAUGAAUACUUUGACCGUGUGUAUCAGGAGAAAAUGCAGGACAUAAAGACAAUCCCAGUAUGGGAGUGAAGAAUACCAGAUGUUCUGUAUGCAAACAUUCUUAUCUCUCCAAGGUUUUGGGCAUCAUGAUAGUAAAUAUAAGAAGCUUAUUCAAAAGUUUUUUUUAUUGCUGUAGAACAAAUUACUCCAAGAUAUCAGCAAAUAAAAGGAGGCAUUAUGUUUUGAAUAGUAGAAAAGCCUAAAGGUUAAUACUGUGCUAUAUUCUGAAUGGUUAGCCUAAAGGGUUAGCACUGUCCCAUGAUUUAUCAUUGAUAUAUCAUAGAUUGAAACCACUGUUGAAAUCCUGCAUCAAAAAUGGGAUGUUAAAAUCUAUACCUUGUCUUCCAUCUCUCCUUCCUCGAAACCCACCUUUUUCAUCCUGCCCCACUCUUUUUUGAUGUGCCAUGGGCUGCUGCUGUAGAAAGAUGCUGGCUAAUGCCUCUGGGUACAAAUCAAAUGACAACAUCGUCCUUUGAAAUCUUGCAGAAGAUGCCCAACAACCUCUCUAGAGUUGUUUAAUUAUCACCUUGGAUAUUCACAAAUUAAAUAAAACUAAACUCACAACAUUUA